UUAAUAGUUUAUGCAUUAACCAACACUACAACUCACUGCACUUCGUGACGACAACGCUGUGCUCAAUUCAACUAAAGGCUGCUUUUGGUUCGUCGCUGUGCUGCUCACUCUUGCUUUGGCGUCUCAGUACAAUGGCCGAGAAACGAGGAUGUAUCAUACAAGGGUUGUCUCCUAAACUAACUUUUUUUUCUCUUUCAGCUAAGAAGUACAUUCAUGAGCAUGAGGCUACCAUCGAGAUCCAAGACUCGGACAUGGGACUGACGUUCUUCAGUGGGAGCUCGCCGCCGCGGAUACAGAAGAUCGACAUCUUCUCCUACUUCUUUGGAUGGUUGUUCGUUGGAGACUGGAUCGUGCAGAUUGACAAACGUGUGAGUUUCUGCGAUUAUUAG